UUGAUCCUGGCUGCGAUUACUACCAUAUUUGGCUUCCUUCACAAAAAAGGGCUUUCAAGUUUCAACAAGUUUGACAGAGACGUAUAUUUUAGAGGAGAGGAAACCUAGGAGGAGGGAAAAAUAUGGGAAGAGUGAAGCUCCAGAUCAAGAAAAUCGAGAACACAACAAAUAGGCAGGUGACUUUCUCAAAAAGAAGAAAUGGGCUUAUCAAGAAAGCUUAUGAACUUUCUGUGCUCUGUGAUGUUGAUGUAGCUCUCAUCAUGUUCUCCCCCUCUGGAAGACUCAGCGUAUUUUCAGGAAACAAAAGCCUUGAGGAAAUUAUGGCACGAUAUCUGAAUCUUCCGGAGCAUGAGCGAGGACGGCUGCAUAACCAAGAGUAUCUGGAAAAAGCACUUGGCAAGUUGAAAUCUGAAGCAGACAGAACUAAUCAAGAUGUCAGCCCAGUAAGUGUUGACUCUCAAAUUGAGGAAAUUCAGCAAGAAAUUCUUAGGUACAAGUCCCAAAUGGAGGAUAUGGAGAAAAAAUUGAGAAUUUAUGAAGGCGAUCCUUGGGAGAUCAAUGCGAUUUGUGAGGCUGAAUACAGGGAACAAAUUCUUGAGGAGACUCUGAAUCAAGUUCGAGCACGCAAGGUAAAUUUGGCUCAACAAGCAGCACAAGUAAAUGGGUUUACUACGAGAAGUGCAAGCAGUUUAUUGGAUUGGUUUCCUCAUCAAAGAGACCAAGAUCAAAUUCCAAUGCUCAAUUUCUUGGAUCCCACAGGGCUUAUUCCUCUUAGAGCUGGGCAAGCUGAUCAGCGCAUAGAGAACAUGGUACCUGCUUCCUUAACUCUUCCUCCUCAAAGUCAUUUGGAUACAGCAGCAGACAUGCAGCAGCAGCUGAAUGAUCAUAACAGUCCAAUCAGCAAGAUCGAGAACGACCCACAAGUACUACAACGUCCCCAUGAUGAUCACUUUGGACAAAUCAUCGACGUAAAUCUCUCGCCAUGGACGCACCUGUAUCCAACAGGAACUGAUCCGUUUCCAGCUGGACAACCCAGAGAAGGAGCACUCUUGGAGCUGUUCUUAUCUCAGCUUGCUCCUGUAAAUCAAGAUCAGCUUGAUAAUCUCCAGUGAUUUGUUUGUAUUUAGUUUUUUUUUUAAUACUAUUUUUAUUUGAUAAGCCUUGUAAGGAUUUAGAAUUGUAGAAUAUUUGAGGUUUUCAUUAAUAGUUAUGUAUAAAUAAAAAAACAGAAA